UUUCUCUACCACACCAAUAUUCAUAUAAUGGCCUGGGAAUCAGUCUUAGAUGAACAGGGAAGGACAUAUUACUUUGACUCCGUUACCCAGGAGUCCACCUGGGAAAAGCCCGCCGAGCUUUUGACUGACUUGGAACGUGCUCUUUUGACGCUUCACUGGAAGUUGUACACAGCCGAUGGGGGCCAAGACUACUACUACAAUGAGAAAACCCAGGAAUCUACCUGGGAAAUCCCAGCGGAUGUGCAAAGCUAUCUAAACGGAAAGCAUCUGGAUAGACAAUCAGAAGUGGAGCCUCUUAAAGAAAAAGCCGUGCUGGAAAUAACCGAGGGAACGGCUGAAUUCAAACCUAUUGAGGUGGAAUCAAUCGUUGAAAAAGAGGUGAAAUUGGAAGCCCCAACAGUUCCUGUAACCCUCGCAGAUGAUUCAGCGUUGCUAAAUCCCCCGGUAUACGAAUCGUUGGAAGCCGCUAGAGCGGCAUUUGUGAAUCUUCUUCGAGCCAACGAAGUGGAUGCAACUUGGUCCUUCAGUAGAGUCAUGAAGGAGUUUAUCCAAAAUCCCAUCUACUGGGCACUCCCCGAUGCGUUGGUCCGAAAAGAGAUUUUCGAGUCAUAUCUCUCCACCAGAACCAAAGACGAAUUAUUGAAGGAGAACAAGUCCAAGGAAAAGUUCCAGGAAGCUUUUUUGGCAGUGCUUGCCAACUACGACGAGAUUAAGUACUACACCCGUUGGCCCACCGCCAAGCGAUUGAUUUCUGACGAACCGAUCUACUUGCAUUCCGCUAUUUCAGACAAGGAAAAACGGGGCAUUUUUCAGGGCUACGUGGAUGGGAUGCGCAAAGCCCGUGAAGAGAGACUUGCAGAGGUCCGCAAACAGGCAACUUCUGAACUCUCAGAGUACUUCAGUUCCACCCUUGAGUUGGACGUGAACGAUUCGUGGCCCACCACCUUGAGUCACAUCCUCAAGGACCCACGAUUCAGGGCUAACAAAAACUUUGUUGUGCUACACAACAUGGACAUCCUCGCGAUGUAUGAAAAAUCGUUGGAUCGCAUUCAUGAAAACUUGUACAAGCAAAUUAAAACCUUACAAGAAAGAACCUAUCGCCAGGAUCGACUUGCGCGCGACGCUUUCAAGGAGCUUUUAGUCGAGUUAAAGGCCAAGGGAAAGAUCAACGCCAGUACCCUUUUCAAAGACAUCUUCUUGGUGAUAUGCGAUGAUGACCGUUUUUUGGACCUCGUUGGACGGAACGGGUCCACUCCUUUGGAAUUGUUCUGGGAUAUGGUGGACGAGGAGGACCAGGUGUUGCGCAUAAAAAAGGAUAUCAUCAAUACCAUUCUCUUGGAGCAGAAGUUCAAUCUUGCAGGGGCCACGUUCGAAGAGUUUGUAGCCUUUUUGGGCACCCUCAAUGAUGUGAGAGUCAAGGAAUUUACGCUUGACGGGGGCCUGGAGUUGAGAAUCAUCAGAGAUAAAAUUCUUCAGGACUUGGAGUUACAGCGAGAGCAAGAAAUUCUCCAGAAGAAGAGAUAUUUGAGCGGGCUUGCCGAGGAUCUUGUAUCGUACUUGUUAAAGCAUCAUCAAAUAUUGAACCUCUCAGUGGAUGCAAAGUUUGAGGACGAAUCAGUGCAAGCAAAGCUCAAAGAGUUGGAGAUCUAUAAGAUCAUGCUGGACGUAGAGACAUCUGAACCUGAGGGUAUAGAUGCGUUGUUCAGGGGCAGUUUUGAAAAGUUUACGUUGUACUUGAAGGAGGAACAAAAGAAGAUCGUGUCACACUCCAACCCACUUGACACCGACAGAUUAAAGCGGUUUGAGUCGCGGAAGAGAGGAUUUUCGGAAGUAACGGCGGCCCCUACCAAGAAGGAGGUGGAGCUUGAUUAUUAAAAGUAUAACACUGAAUCUAUGUUGAUGUCAUGAACUGGUUGGCCAAAAGAAUCAAUAUACCAUACCCUGCUGAAAUGUUUUGCCCCAGACCUAUUUUUUCGGGCAUUCUCUAAACCCAGAAACCAUUUAUACUAAGCGAAAAUCACAUUUGUAGAUUUAGCAGGUAACAAAUAUUGGAAUAAAAAUCCCUAAAUGUGCUGGCCCAGAGACUCUCGUUACUGAUUUAUACUUUUGCCUGAUAACAAGUUAAUCCACCUAGACAGACUAAGCUAGGUGUAUUUAAU